GAACCACAGCCCACUAAUGAGCUUCGGAGCCAGCUUCGUCAGCUUUUUGAAUGCCAUGAUGACGUUUGAGGAAGAGAAAAUGCAAGUGGCCUGCGAUGAUUUAAAAACUACAGAAAAGCUGUGUGAAAGUGAAGAGGCCGGGGUCAUAGAAACCAUCAAGAAUAAGAUCAAGAAGAACGUCGACGCCCGCAAGCCCGCCCCCUCCAUGGUCGACCGGCUUCAGAGGCAGAUCAUCAUCGCCGACUGUCAAGUCUACCUGGCCGUGCUCUCGUUUGUCAAGCAAGAACUAUCAGCAUAUAUAAAAGGUGGCUGGAUCCUCAGGAAAGCCUGGAAGAUUUACAAUAAAUGCUAUCUGGACAUCAAUGCCCUUCAGGAGCUGUAUCAGAAGAAGCUCACUGAAGAACCCUUACCUUCUGAUGCUGCAAAUGAUAAUCACAUUGUGGCUGAAGGGGUGUCUGAGGAGUCUCUAAACAGACUGAAAGGUGCUGUUAGCUUUGGAUAUGGCCUUUUUCACCUUUGCAUAUCCAUGGUACCCCCAAACCUGCUCAAAAUCAUCAACCUGCUGGGUUUUCCUGGAGACCGCCUACAGGGCCUUUCUUCACUGAUGUAUGCAAGCGAAAGUAAGGACAUGAAGGCCCCUUUAGCUACCCUGGCUCUCCUCUGGUACCACACCGUCGUCCGCCCUUUCUUUGCCUUGGAUGGCAGUGACAGCAGAGCAGGUCUGGAUGAAGCGAAGGAAAUCCUCCUCAAAAAGGAAGCUGCUUAUCCCAACUCCUCCCUCUUUAUGUUUUUCAAGGGACGGAUACAGCGAUUAGAGUGUCAAAUCAACAGUGCCUUGACUUCUUUCCACACCGCUUUGGAACUGGCAGUGGACCAGAGGGAAAUCCAGCACGUGUGUCUGUAUGAAAUCGGCUGGUGCAGCAUGAUCGAGCUGAACUUCCAGGAUGCAUUCGAUGCCUUUGAGAGGCUGAAGAACGAGUCCAGGUGGUCCCAGUGCUACUACGCCUACUUAACUGCAGUGUGUCAGGGAGCCACCGGUGAUGUGGACGGGGCACAGCUCAUCUUUAAAGAAGUUCAGAAACUCUUCAAAAGGAAAAACAAUCAGAUCGAACAGUUCUCGGUGAAAAAGGCGGAGAGAUUUCGGAAACAGACACCAACCAGAGUGCUCUGUGUGCUGGCCUCGAUCGAAGUGUUAUACCUGUGGAAAGCCCUCCCCAACUGCUCCUUCCCCAACCUGCAGAGGAUGAGUCAAGCCUGCCAUGCAGUGGACGAUUCGCAUGUGGUUGGAUUAAAGUAUUUGCUUCUUGGUGCCAUACACAAAUGUCUAGGAAACUCCCAGGAUGCUGUUCAGUUCUUUCAGCGUGCUGCUAAAGAUGAGUUGUGUCGUCAGAAUAACUCAUAUGUUCAGCCCUACGCCUGCUAUGAACUUGGCUGUCUUCUAUUAGACAAACCGGAGACUGUCGCACGAGGCAGAACUCUACUUCUUCAAGCAAAGGAGGACUUCUCGGGCUACGACUUUGAAAACAGACUGCAUGUGCGCAUCCACGCGGCCCUGGCGUCUCUGAGGGAACUGGUUCCUCAGUGACCAGCCCGGAGUUCCUGCUCUGUCCUUCCCACCCAGGUUCUGCACUUUAGAAUAAAAGCAGAGGACAAAGCUCUGGUGAAGACCAGCUUCUCUUCUGAAAACCACCUGUGCCACAGACACGUUUUCCAGUUAGGCUGAUCCAUUUAAAAAAAGAACACCUCUUCUUUGGAACGUAUAGCUAAAAAUUAAUAAUAUUAACAAAAGACAACGAUAAACACCUGGGAGAGGGUGAAGUGACCUUGUUCACAUAUUUUACUUUUGUGAUUUAUUAUUUUUAAAAUAAAGUCAAACUAAGUAUUGAACCUGUAAUCUUGUAGAAAGCUGUAACUGUAAGCACAUAUCAGACUGGGUAACGUGGAGAGAUCCCUGGACCAUGGCUAACAGUAUCAAAACAUAGUCUCUGUAUUGUGUUUUGAAAAAAAAUAAACGUGCUUCCUAGUCUUUUACUUUUACCCUCAGAAUAUUCCUGGGCAUGAUGUAGCCCAGAUAGUCUUGGGCCCCAUUUAAUGAAACUCAGGCAUACAAAGCCAGUUGACUUCCCCAGUGAUGUCUGCAGAGUCAGGAACAGGCUGAGGAUUUCCUGACCGCCUGCGGAUGCGCUUUCAUUGUGAAAAAGAUCCGUGUCAGUAACACCAAAUCCCACGUUCUCCUCAUUCAAAAUCAAAUGCUUUUCAGCUGAAGUUGAACCAUCAAAAACAUCUCCAGAUUGUCUACAAAAUGUUUCCAAACGAAGAACGUGUUCAUUCUUUCAUUGAAAGCCAGCCAAAUGAAAGGAAAUAGAAAAUAAUUUUACAACCAAAACUGUAACUCUCUUUUGCUAAUCCAUUAAAAAGCCUAGUCUGCAGACUAGAUAUUUAAUACCUACAAUUUAGGAGUUUCCAUUUAUUUGUGAUAUUGAAUUACUAACUUUUAGAAAUCUUUUACCCAGUUACAUGAAAAGGUUAUUCUUGAAUGAAUAGAUAUAUAUUUUUUGCCUCAACGUAUGUGUUGGUGAAUGAUUUGCUGAGCUAUAUGUUGCCAAGAUUUAAUUAUUUCCCCCCUUAGCUCAGGUUAUUACAGAUUAUCAAAGGAAUUAGAGUUAUUUUUCUAGUCCCUUCUUGCUCAUCUUUUGUUGUCAUUUCCUUGACCUCCAAGUCCCCUCCUCGCACACCUGUGAUUUUGAAGGAUCUAAAUACCUCCAUCACUUUGGAAGAAUUUUUGCCAGAAUUGUGUGACUAAGUUGGCUCUGAAGGUGUGAUUUUUCAACAAUUUCUUUUGCGCUAAAGGAUCCUGUAUUAGACUGUCAUUUCCGUACCUGUCCUUUUGGCUGAAGCACGGCUUCGUGUGAGGUGAAUAUGGCGGUGCGUCUUUUUCCCUUUCGUUUUCUCGAAGUAGAACCUGAGAAAAGCAUCCAGCAUGCUGGCCGACUUCAUCUGACGUCAUAGGGGGUUGGCGGAACAGUCGUUUCUCUGAAAGAAGUUGUUCUUCCGCACUGACGUUGACUAAACUCUCUUCGUGUGUCCUCGUCUCUGACGGACCACUUGGGAGGGGCGCAUCCCGCAGGAUUUAUGCACACUGCCUUCCCAGGGGCCUUCUGCGAGAAGGGGUGCUGCCCCAACCGUGAGGGGGGCUGAGUAGUGUCAGAAACCAAGCAGGUGCUUUCUGACAAGAAACAUGGGUGUCUAACAAUGCCGGAUAUCAUCUGGGUUGGAGGGGAGACAUUACGAAACUUUAACACAUGGGCCUUUUUCUUGUCCACAGUCAGAGUCAGAUGCAACAGAAGUGUCCUGGUUUCCAGGUCGCGCUAGCUUCCCAUCGUGGCCGGCCACAGGCUGGCUAACCACCUUCCCGGGACGCUCUGCCUGUGGAAAAUGUUUGAGUUCUUCCUCUCGGUCAGGUCUGCCCCUCUGCAGAUCCCAUCUUCUGCAGGUUCCCCUGUCUAUGGAGAGCAUUCCUUCGUGAAGCUUGUGAAACCCUCUGUAUCGUGAAGUUCUUGAAUUUCCAUGCAUAUAGGAUUAGGACUAUUAUUAUUUGAAGAUUACCAAAAAAAGAAAAAAAAAAACCUUCCCUUUACAAAAUUAUUUACUACUGGCUUAAAAAUAACUUAUUUCUCCAGAGAAAUGUCAAGAAUUUAAGCAAGUUUAUGUUCAACUCACGUAACUGGAUAAGCAGCGUUCCAGCACUGUCCAUUCGAUUUCCUCUAGUAGUCAAAGAGAAAGCCUGAUUAGAAACCGUCCCUCCGGGCCCUGGUCCAUAUGGCUCCUGUGAUAUAUCUGUGAUAACAUGACAGCAUGAAAACUUUGUCGAUGGUGAUUCUAAAGACGACAGCAACCAAGCCAAGAUUCACAAAGUUCUUGCUCCACAGUGAGCGUGGGUAUACCAGACCAGUAGGUUGACUGAAAUCUGAAUGUAUUUUUGAGUUGAAUCAUUCCCAGCAGUUACCUGGCCUGUGUACUGUGACUUAUUUGACCUGUGAACUGACUGUGAUCUACCGAGUAGCCUGGUUUGGCGUAAAUGGCUGUUUAACCCUUGCUGAUGAAGAAAAUAAUAUUUAAGUGGAA